AUGGAAGGAGCCUCCUUCGGAGCGGGCCGGGCGGGGGGGGCCGUCGACCCCGUGGAUUUCCUGAAGCAGCCGCAGACCAUCCUCCGGGCGACGGCCUGGAUUUUCUCCAUUGUGGUGUUUGGCUCCAUCGUGAACGAGUGCUACGUGAACACGGACAGCCAGAACCCUGAGCUGCUCUGCGUCUUCAAUGAGAAUGAGAGUGCCUGCAGCUACGGCAUCGCCGUUGGCAUCAUUGCCUUCUUUGGCUGUAUCUUCUUCUUUGUCGUGGACCUCUACUUCCAGCAGAUCAGCAGCGUGAAGGACCGCAAACGGGCCGUCCUGCUGGACCUCGGCUUUUCAGGUUUCUUGUCCUUCCUGUGGUUUGUAGCCUUCUGCUUCCUAGCAAACCAGUGGCAACGGACGACGAUGAGCAAAGGGGUUUUGCAAGGAGCAGACGCUGCCCGGGCAGCAAUCACCUUCUCUUUCUUCUCCAUUAUCGUCUGGGUCGCGCUGGCGGUGAAGGCGCUGCAGAGAUACCGCCUGGGGACGGACAUGUCGCUCUUUGCCACCGAUCAGUUCGCCACCGACCCCAACGCGGCGUACCCCGGCUACCCCACCGGCAGCGGCAUCGAGAGCACAGAGACCUACCAGAGCCCCCCCUUCACCGAGACCUUAGACACCAACCCGAAAGGUUACCAGGCGCCAGCGUACUGAGGGGCGAGGGCCGUGUACCAAGAGACCGAGUCCUACGGUGCAGUACACUU